GUGAUGCCAGCGUCAUGGUGGGGAUGCUGGCUUCGCGGCGGUGACAGGGCGAGCGAGCGAGCGAGAGCGGGAGCCAGCCGGGAGCGGAGGACGGGCCGGCUCGGACCUGGCUGCUGUGUGGGCUCGGGUCUCUUUCCCCCUCUCUUUCUUUCUCUUCCCCCCCCUGGAUUUUGUUCUUGAUUUGCAUAUUUAAAACCUCUCCGCUCCGUCCUGUCCCCCGCCACUGGAAUCCUUCCCGGCUCUAAAUGGAAUUAGUGGAGAUCGGAGCCUCUGGUGUAAGGAACAGACAUGAUCUAUGGACGCAGUUUGUUUCACAUUGUAGCAAGUUUAAUCAUCAUCCAUUUGUCUGGGGCGACCAAGAAAGGAACAGAAAAGCAAACCCCCUCAGAAACCCAGAAGUCAGUGCAGUGUGGCACUUGGACGAAACAUGCAGAUGGAGGGAUCUUCACCUCCCCCAACUAUCCCAGCAAGUACCCCCCUGACCGGGAGUGCGUCUACAUCAUAGAAGCUGCCCCAAGACAGUGCAUUGAACUUUACUUUGAUGAAAAGUACUCUAUUGAACCGUCUUGGGAGUGCAAAUUUGAUCAUAUUGAAGUUCGAGAUGGACCUUUUGGCUUUUCUCCAAUAAUUGGGCGUUUCUGUGGACAACAAAAUCCACCUGUAAUAAAAUCCAGUGGAAGAUUUCUAUGGAUUAAAUUUUUUGCUGAUGGAGAGCUGGAAUCAAUGGGGUUUUCAGCUCGAUACAAUUUCACACCUGAUCCUGAUUUUAAGGACCUUGGAGUUUUGAAACCAUUACCAGCGUGUGAGUUUGAGAUGGGCGGCCCGGAAGGAAUUGUGGAGUCCAUGCAGAUCAUGAAGGAAGGCAAAGCCUCUGCCAGCGAGGCCGUGGACUGCAAGUGGUACAUCCGGGCGCCUCCACGGUCCAAGAUUUACUUACGGUUCUUGGACUAUGAGAUGCAGAACUCAAAUGAAUGCAAGAGGAAUUUUGUGGCUGUGUAUGACGGAAGCAGCUCGGUGGAGGACCUGAAGGCUAAGUUCUGCAGCACGGUGGCCAACGACGUGAUGCUGCGCACGGGCCUCGGGGUGAUCCGCAUGUGGGCGGACGAGGGCAGCCGCAACAGCCGCUUCCAGAUGCUCUUCACGUCCUUCCAAGAACCUCCUUGUGAAGGCAACACAUUCUUCUGCCACAGUAACAUGUGUAUUAAUAACACGUUGGUCUGCAACGGACUCCAGAACUGUGUGUAUCCUUGGGAUGAAAACCACUGUAAAGAAAAGAGGAAAACCAGCCUCCUGGACCAGCUGACCAACACCAGUGGGACUGUCAUUGGUGUCACCUCCUGCAUCGUGAUCAUCCUUAUCAUCAUUUCUGUCAUCGUACAGAUCAAGCAGCCUCGUAAAAAGUACGUGCAGAGGAAAGCAGACUUCGACCAGACGGUUUUCCAGGAGGUGUUCGAGCCUCCGCAUUAUGAGUUGUGCACUCUCAGAGGGACGGGAGCUACGGCUGACUUCGCGGACGUGGCCGAGGACUUUGAAAAUUACCAUAAACUGCGGAGGUCAUCUUCCAAAUGCAUUCACGACCAUCACUGUGGAUCACAACUGUCCAGCACUAAAGGCAGCCGCAGUAACCUCAGCACAAGAGAUGCUUCUAUCUUGACAGAGAUGCCCCCACAGCCGGUCAAACCCCUCAUCCCCCCCAUGAACAGGAGAAACAUCCUCGUCAUGAAACACAACUACUCCCAGGACGCUGCAGACGCCUGUGACAUAGACGAGAUCGAGGAGGUGCCGACCACCAGUCACAGGCUGUCCAGACACGAGAAAGCCGUCCAGCGGUUCUGCCUCAUUGGGUCUCUAAGCAAACAUGAAUCUGAAUACAACACAACUAGGGUCUAGAAAGAAAAUUCAAGAGAAGAACUAUUUAUACAAACAUGGGGACUGUGAAAAGGAAAUUCUAUAGUGAAUUGUGAAAAGUGGACAUAUUUCUAAAUCCAUUCCACUGCCUUUAUCCAAACAUAAGAAUUACAGACAUUUGUUAUUCCUUCGGCAAGACAUCCCCGCUGCACAAUGAUAUGUUCAUUUCGUAAUUUGGUUGCUGGCCACCAAGUGCUCCUUAGUUUUUAAAUACAUUUUAAGAUUUACUGGAAACUUGAAGAAGAAAUUAAUUCCUGAUUAAGACUAUCCCAACUUUAUUUUUACUGUCAGUUUCACUUUUGUUUCUAUGUUGUUUUAUGUCUUUGUUAUAUAAUUGUACAUUGUGUGAUAUGUGGGAAAAAAAAAAACAUGAAUUUGGAUGAACCUUGUGUUACAUAUACAUUGUUUUCAUUAUAUAGACUGCUUGAGAAUAGUGCGUUCCUGAGUGAUUUUGAACAUGCCGCAGUGACAGUGAAAAUGUGGACCAUGGGAACCACCAGCUAGAGGUCUAUGGACUGUGCGCACCUAUUGUUACAUGAUGAUUAGAUGCAGCAAAAAGUUAUGAGUCAAAUUACUAGAUUGCAAUAAGAAAAAAAAAAUCUCAUUUUUUUUGGUCUUCCUUAUAUGCCCUUGAUUUCCUUUUUGUUUUAUAUCAAAGGGAAAUACCAACUUUCAGAAGUAGUUUUUGAGAGCAGGUAUUUCACCUCUCAUACCCUGCAUAGAAAUGUUUUGAUUAAGCACUUAGCAAUACGACUGUACUGACAGUUCAAGAAAAUACCCUGCAUGUCUGCUCUGGAUAUCUCAGUUGGGAAAAUACCCUUUUUGUUAGACACAUUGUAAAAAGCAUGCAUUUUCCAAUACUGCUGUUAAACGCUUCCAUUUCUUUUGGUCAUAUGCUUGCUACUUGUAACUUUUUAUAUAAAGAUAUAUAAAUGUAUAAUGAUUUCCUAACUUGAGUUAAGAGAAAUGUUUUCUUCUCUCAGAGUGGUAGAAAGUCGACUCUUACAAGUGCGCAUUUGAUAUCAACUCUCCCCACGUUUAGGCCACAGGAUCCUUCAGUACUGAAGUUGACUUCCCCAAAGAUUUGACUUCCAAAAGUUUAGGGAAUAUGUUCUCCUUUUAGAAUAGGAAGGUCUUUCUUUUAGCUGCUUUAAAAUCACAGGCUCUUUUAUGACCUCAAUUGUACCAUUCUCCAUUGUUCUUAAACUCAGGUGCAAAGACACCAGAAGGAUUAGUGAUUAUGACGUAAUUCCUACAAAUGAAGGAAAACCCUAAAAUGCAUUAACUGUUUAAUUGGAUACACACUCUGCCCAGUUUGAUUUAAUGAGUGUGUACUUUAAAAAAUA